CGGGGCGGCUCCUGUCCCGGCUGUGAGUGCCGCUUCACCACCCGGCAGCCGCGUCCCCCUAUCCCGGCUCCUGCAGUUGAUGCAAAAUGAGUGUUCCUGACUACAUGCAGUGUGCUGAGGAUCAUCAGACCCUCCUGGUCGUGGUUCAGCCCAUUGGCAUUGUACCUGAAGAGAGCUUUUUCAGGAUCUACAAGCGGAUUUCAGCCGUGAGCCAGGUUAAUGUGCGCGACUCGCAGCGAGUGCUCUACAUCCGCUACAGGCACCAUUAUCCCCCGGAGAACAACGAGUGGGGGGAUUUCCAGACACACCGCAAAGUCGUGGGGCUGAUCACUAUCACUGAGUGCUCUUCAGCAAAGGAAUGGCCUCAGACUUUUGAAAAAUUCCAUCUUCAGAAGGAAAUGUAUGGCUCUACUCUCUAUGAUUCCCGGUUGUUUGUCUUUGGGCUUCAAGGAGAGAUUGCAGAGCAGCCCCGCACAGAUGUAGCGUUUUAUCCCAGUUACAACGAGUGUGAAACUGUGGAGAAGAGAAUAGAAGAUUUUAUCGAGUCCCUUUUCAUAGUGCUGGAGUCCAAGCGUCUUGACAGAGCCACUGAUAAGUCUGGAGACAAGAUCCCCCUGCUCUGUGUUCCUUUUGAGAAGAAGGAUUUUGUAGGUCUGGACACCGAUAGUAGGCACUACAAGAAGCGCUGCCAGGGCCGGAUGCGGAAGCACGUGGGGGACCUGUGCCUGCAGGCUGGGAUGCUGCAGGAUUCCUUGGUGCAUUAUCACAUGGCAGUGGAGCUGCUGCGCUCUGUCAACGACUUCCUGUGGCUUGGAGCUGCCCUUGAGGGGUUGUGCUCAGCAUCUGUCAUCUAUCACUACCCAGGGGGCACUGGGGGUAAAGUUGGAUCUCGCAGGGCUCAAGGAGGUUCCCUUUCUGCUGAGGCAGGCAACAGGCACAGGCCAGGGGCACAAGAAGUUCUCAUUGAUCCAGGUGCUCUGACUUCCAAUGGGAUAAAUGCAGAUACCAGUGCUGAGAUAGGACGUGCCAAGAACUGCCUGAGUCCUGAAGACAUCAUAGAAAAAUAUAAAGAAGCUAUUUCUUACUAUGGCAAGUACAAGAACGCUGGUGUGAUCGAACUGGAAGCUUGUGUGAAGGCUGUGAGAGUCCUGGCAAUGCAGAAGAGGAGCAUGGAAGCCUCUGAGUUUCUGCAAAAUGCAGUUUAUAUCAACCUUCGGCAGCUCUCAGAAGAGGAGAAGAUCCAGCGUUACAGCAUCCUGUCGGAGCUGUACGAGCGCAUCGGUUUCCACCGCAAAUCGGCGUUUUUCAAGCGCAUCGCGGCCAUGCAGUGCGCGGCCCCCAGCAUCCCCGAGCCCGGCUGGAGAGCCUGCUACAAACUGCUGCUGGAGACCCUGCCUGGCUACAGCCUCUCCCUGGACCCUCAGGACUUCAGCAAAGGAACUCACAGGGGAUGGGCUGCAGUGCAGAUGCGUUUGCUCCAUGAGCUCGUCUAUGCUUCCAGGAGGAUGGGCAAUCCUGCCCUGUGUGUGAGACAUCUCUCCUUCCUGCUCCAGACCAUGCUGGAUUUCCUUUCUGACCAAGAAAAGAAAGAUGUGACGCAGAGCUUGGAAAGCUACACAGCAAAAUGCCCUGGGACAAUGGAAGUCAUCACUCUUCCAGAUGGUUUGAAGCUGCCUCCUGUUCCCUUCACCAAAUUGCCUAUUGUGAAAUCUGUGAAGCUCUUGAACCUCCCAACCAGUCUCCGACCUCACAAAAUGAAAAGUUUACUUGGUCAGAAUGUGUCAACCAAAAGCCCUUUCAUAUAUUCUCCAAUUAUUGCACACAGUCGUGGGGAAGAACGAAAUAAGAAAAUAGACUUCCAGUGGGUGCAGGGAGAUGUGUGUGAAGUUCAGUUGAUGGUGUACAACCCUAUGCCUUUUGAGCUCCGAGUAGAAAACAUGGGUCUCUUGACAACUGGAGUAGAAUUUGAGUCUCUCCCUGCUGCCCUGUCCCUCCCUGCAGAAUCUGGGCUCUAUCCCGUGACUCUCGUUGGUGUUCCCCAAACCACGGGGCAGAUCACUGUCAAUGGUUAUCAUACUUCAGUUUUUGGAGUCUUCAGUGACUGCCUUCUGGACAAUCUGCCAGGAGUGAAGACCAAUGGCUGCACUGUUGAAGUCAUUCCAGCUUUGCCAAGGUUGCAGAUCAGCACCUCCCUUCCAAGGUCUGCUCAUACACUUCAGCCUUCUUCAGGGGAUGAAAUCUCCACUAAUGUGUCUGUCCAGCUGUUCAAUGGAGAGACCCAGGAGCUCAUCAUUAAAUUAGAAAAUAUUGGAACAGAACCAUUGGAGAAACUGGAGGUGACAGCAAAAACAGUCAACACCAAGGAGAAGCUGUAUGGAGAUUUUUUGAGUUGGAAUCUAGAAGACACUCUCUGCCAGUUUCCUCUAAAACCUGGAAAGAUUGCAACAUUUAUCGUAAACAUUAAAGUGAAGCUGGACUUUUCUUGCCAAGAAAACCUUCUCCAGGAUCUCAGUGAUGAUGGAAUCAGUGUCAGUGGACUCCCACUCUCCAGUCCUUUCCGACAGGUUGUCAAACCAAGAGUGGAGACCAAACCUCUUAAUCCCCAAGAAAGCAGCAAAGUUGGUGAUUUCAGUCACGUCAAGACACUGGAAGCCAUUUUGAAUUUCAAGUACUCUGGGGGACCAGGACAUGCAGAAGGAUAUUACAGGAACCUUGCCCUGGGUCUCCAUGUGGAGGUGGAGCCCUCUGUUUUCUUCACUCGCAUCAGCACCCUGCCAGCAACAAGCACCCGGCAGUGUCACCUCCUUCUUGAUGUCUUCAACUCCACAGAGCACGAGCUGACCAUCAGUGCCAGGAACAAUGAAGAUUUAAUUCUGCACGCUGGGGAGUGUCAGCGCAUGGCUAUCCAAGUGGACAAGUUCAAUUUUGAGAGCUUCCCAGAAUCCCCAACUGAUGGGGCACAGUUGGCGAAUGCAAAGCAGCUGGAAGAAGAAAGGCAACAAGCAAGAGGUCUGGAGAUUAACAGCAAGCUGGAUAUUUGCUGGAAAAUUCCUUCCUUGAAGCGUGAAGGGGAGGCCAGUGUGGAAGGGGUCCUUAAUCAGCUGGUCCUGGAGCAUCUGCAGCUGGCUCCUCUCCAGUGGGGUGAGUGGUGUCAAAAUGUGCUCAUGAUCUCUGCAGAGACUCUACUGGCUCCUAAUUUCCAGCAGCAUGAGAAUGAGAAUGUUUUCAUUUGCUCACAAUGUGUGAUAGCGGAGAAUUUGAUAGGAAUUUUAUUUUUCCUGUCGCUGUUUUACUUAGCUGAAGAUAAAUGUAGAAUUGAUAUCUGUUUUAUUUUAAGUACCACUGUUUGGUGAUAGUAAAUAGGAAACCUGACUGUGCACUUUUUCCUGUAAUUUUCAUCCUGGUUGUUUUGUAAGAGAGGUGGCUGCUACUUAAAUUUCCCCUUUUCCUUACAGUAUGUGUUUUUAAAGUAAUUUCUCUAAUUUUUUUUUUCAUAUGAAUGGUAAUGUCCUUGUGAUAUAUUUCUUAUUAUAGUCUAGACAACUGCAUUACUAACUUUUGAGGUGCAGAAAAUGUUUUUACUUUGGGUAGCAGGGAAGAAUUGCUUGUCUCAAUUUUCCAUUUAGAAUGAUGUUCCCACAAUGAAAAAUUGAAUUUAUUUAAUUUUAAAGAGUCAUAAUAAUGCAACUUCUGUCUGAGGUUCUCAACAAGGCUUGUUCAGAGGCUUUGGAACAUGGGAAGUUUUAUCCCCAGCACAUCUGUGGGAGUUGCAAGUUUCAGAUAAAAUCUCCAGUUCAUCAGCAAAUUGUUGUCAAAACUUUUGUAUUUAAAGCAAAUACGCUCCAUAUUUUAGUACUUUGAUGACCUAAUGAGGAGCAACUUUAAGGAAAAAUGAUCCAUCACUGUUGCCUGUGUUAAUUAUUGAAACUGAAAUGACCCCAAACUCCAUUAUUUGUGUACUCUUUUAAGUGUUUUUCUUUCAAGCAUGUUGACCACCCUCAACUCAUAUAUUAAAACCUGUGAGCACUUUGUUUAUAGAUGAGAAGAUUAAAAAUCGUUUGAAGUAGUUUGUUGUAAGUAUGUCCAACUUUAGCCAUAGUCAGCUACCUCUGAAAUCAAGCUUACCUGGCCUCAGUUCUUCAAGGGAUUCAAAGAUUUGGCAGCUUUUUUUUUGUGAGAUUGAUGGGAUUUGGCCAUGAUUGCCCUGGGCUCACCAGUAAAACCAGUGGUUAAUGUCAGGUGUGUGCUGUGAGCUCAGGCUGGUCACUUCUUAGCUCUGCAGAGUGGCUUUGACAAUCAGCAGGUUUGUAACCCGGGCUCUAUGGGGGAGAAAUCUUCCUUUGGCACUUCUGCAUAGGACCAUGGCCUUGAGGAUGAAAAACAUGUUUUUCUUUUCCCUGUAACUUUGGUUUGCUUAUUUUAAUUAUCUUUAUGCCAAAUUCCACUGUUUGCUUAGUAAAAGGGGCUUUUUGAAUCAUAGAACUGUGCCUGGCAUUCCUGCCUGAAUUGUGAUCUUUGAUGCACUGGUUGAAAAACAUGAACAUAGCACUGAUUUCCAAUAAAAUCUCCUGUGGAGUUGCUUAUUUCUCAGGCUGCUGAUUAAUUCAGUUAAAGAGUCCCAGUUACUUGAGUUUUCAGCCAAAACUCUGUGAUAUUCUCUGCUUCAUAGCUGCAAAAGCUUUUGAAGCACAGUCUGUUAACUGAUGGUGUUGUACAUUGUAAUUUUCCACACUGAACAAAGCAGGGAAAGGGAGGUCCUGUGGGAUAUUGAAUACUUGGUUUGCCACCAUUUAUAUAUGAUAUUUCCUAGUGAAAAGUUCAGUUUUGCAGAAGUUUACUUAACUUUUUUUGUUUAUUUUUUCUCAAUCCUAAAUUGCUAAUGAAUAUUGUCUCUUUUGUAUAACACACUAUGUCCAUGUGGCAGCUGUAACUUACUACAGAGAUUAUUGAAAAGGACAUUUUGGUUAAAUGCCUGAUUUUACUUGAAAACAAAAGCAAAAAUUGGAAAUUAAAGACAGUGGAGACAUUUUAGCUUCUUUCAAUGAACCAUAAUUUUGAAUAUUCAGCAGUUGAAUGUUUGGCAUUGUUGUAGCCAGGUAACCCUCCCUGCAGCUCCUGCACUCCCUCCAGACUCUGUACCGUGGCAAUACAGGAUGAUUUUUUCUUUAAUAAUGUGUGGGAUGGAGGAGGAAUUAAGAGAUUGUUAUUAUUGUUUGGUAGGUGGGAGUAAUAAGGAGCUGCUGAAAUGUUUGGACAGCUCCCUGAUGUGUGUGCCCUGUACAUGCCCUUAGACAAUGUGACACACUCUCUUUUGGACUUAAAUUCUCUUUCAGUGCCAGAAUAGAUUUCUUCAAUUCUUACAGGCAUGGAAAUAUGUUAAGAGUUUAAAAUGCUGUAAAAUUGCAGUAUCAGCUGGAUUUUUUUUUUCUGUUAAUCAUUACACUGUUUGUAUUUAUCACUUGGCUUUGCUUUCAGUUUUGUUUUUCCAUAUGUUAAGAAUAACUUGUGUUUUAAUACGAACUCUUUACUACUGCCCAUCAUUGUGACGUAGCCUUUGCAUAAAUUGGCUAAAAAUUUGGCUUAGUUUUAUGCAGUAAAAUUGAUUCUAUGAUUAUUCAAGGAUUUUGCUAUAUUGAUGGUCACAUUGAAGGGUUUACUUUAUUAUAAGUACUCACAGUGAAACAUGAAUGAAUAUUUAACAUGGUUUUGAUUAAAAAAAUGACUGGCUCUUAUUCAAAUUUGUAGAAGCUGUACUCCAACAUUCUUUUAAAAAUUGGCAUAUUUAAUUCAUAUAAGAGUUAAUAUUACAUCUCUAGAAUUAUGAAAGCAUAUUGAAAUAAUUUUUCAUGUAAAUUUGACAAUCUUGUCCUUUUUCAUUAAAUACAAGGCAAAGAGUAGAAUCAAAAGUUGGUGACAUUGAAAUUUUGGUCUGAGGGUAAGAAGUUACUUUUGAAAUUUGUCAUAAGAGGGGGGAAAACGUCAUCUAUAGUGAAUAAAUUGUUUUGAUUUCAUAUAAUUAAAUGAAUGGGGAAGGGAA